UGUGGGCACGUCCAAGUAAACCAGCGGUGCACCAGUGGAAUCACAUCCGUCUUGGCCGCCGCGUCGACCGGCCAAACGCUCUGCCUUCAGCUGCUAGCUGACGCUGGCGGGGACGUCGCUGGCGUCGAUGACCGUGGAUGGUCCGCUCUGCACUACGCUGCUGCAUGCCCUCGAGGGGUGGAAGCAGUGACAUGGCUCUGCGAAGCUGCACCGUCCCUCGUGCAUUGGCCUGCCCAUCAUGACGGCCACACGCCGCUCCACGUGGCAGCUCGCUUCGGAAACGAUGACAUUGUGUACAUCCUGCUGCAGUUUGCGGCGUCGGUGGAAUGCAUGAACCACGACAUGGAGACACCGGCGCAAGUGGCCAUGAAGAACCGACACAUCACGACGACGACGAUGCUGCAGACAGUGGUGUCGCGAGGCACUGGAACCUAUGUCGACGAGCGACCGGAAGAAAGCCAAGGGGCCAUGCAGUUUAACGAGUAUAGCGAAGAUGAUGCUGCGAUGCUGGCGCUGUCCACUCAACCGAGUGCUGUCGACGAAUCGAUUGCCAUUUCGUGGGUGCAGUGCACGACUGAUGAAGGUCAACCGUACUAUUACAACACGGUCACAUUCGAAUCGGUGUGGGAACUGCCCAACGAUACAACCCGUGCUUCAGGAGCGUGUCAUCAAGAAGUAUUGUCGGAGGAAGCGACACCAGGUCCAAGGGACCACCUCCCAAUCUGCAUGGUUCCGACAAUCUGCCCGCUUUAUGAAAUGGAUAACCCCGAUGUCCAUGAAAAGGAGCUCAUCCGGCGAAAGAAGGAGCGCGAGGAGGUGCAGCUCCUGAAACGCAUGACGGAAGCGAUCGCGGCGGCGCCGCUAGCGUCAGGUGCACCACGUGGACACGUGGCUGAAGCCUCAAGAGCCACGCGACUUUCAUCUGAACACAUGCCCCCCGAUAGGCAACAGAUCGACAUCCGAAUCGACGUCGCCAUACCCCUCGAACGACCUACUCCAAGUCAUAAGAUCGUUACAUCCAUGCCGCCAAGCACCGCUUUCCCUAAUGCAUCGUCGAAAUACGCUAAGUGCUUGUGGCUUGGAGUGUGGUUCGCGCUCAACAUGACCGUGACCAUGGUGAACAAGACGGCAUUGUCCGCGCUCCAUCUUCCUGUGACGCUCACGUUUAUCCACAUGGCAUGCAACACCAUCGGCGCAUUCAUUUACGUUCACGUGUGCCGUGGGGCCGUGCGGAAACCUCUUCGGCCGGACCAAUCGACAACCAUGUUCUUCUUCAGCUUCGUCUUUGUGUCGAACAUUAUCAUGGGCAACUGGAGCUUGGGGCUGGUCACCGUGAGCUUCAACCAGGUCAUGCGAGCUCUCGUUCCAGGCACAACGCUCCUCCUGAGCAUGGCCAUGCUGCGUGCCAAGUACUCGACGUCACAGAAGGUAGCCCUCGUGCCGGUCGCUCUAGGAGUGUGCAUUGCGUGCACAGGGAACAAAUCCGCCACUGCCCUGGGGGUCGUCGUGACCAUAAUUGCAGUCUUCUUUGCCGCUCUCAAAUCAGUGAUGUCGAGCAGAUUCCUCACGGAGGCCAUGGCACUGCACCCCAUCGACUUGAUCCUGCACCAAGCCCCGCUGUCUGGCGUGUGGUGUGCCGUCAUCAUCGUAGUCUCAGGCGAGUGGACGGUGCUCCAAGCAACGCCAUCCAACGAUCGCUUCUCUGCUCUGAGCUUGUAUUGCCUGACGGGAGUGUUUAGUUUUGCGCUGAACGUGACGAGCUUGUACGCCAACCGAGCAACGUCCGCCAUCACGUUGGCCGUGUGCGCCAACAUGAAGCAAGUCGCGGUGAUUGUGCUGGCGGUGUACAUGCAUGGCGACCCCAUGUCGUGCCACACCAUCGUCGGUGCCGCGCUGGUCACGGCGGGCGGCGCGUGGUAUACGGUCACGUCGCAGCCCAAGUCGAAGGAGUAACGAAACACAAC